AGUCAGUCGGUCCUACUGUUACUCACUGUUGAAAUCACUAGUCACGGCUUGCAUCACGAAAAAAUGGCAGCAAAAGUCGCUUCGCCUCUGGCGACACCUAAUGCGCCGCCUAGGCUUGCACACGAAGUGACCAUUGGGGAAGCCCUGGUUUCAGAAGCAGCAGCGAUCUCUCUCAUCGGAACCACCACCUUCACAACAACAUUCGGGUACUCAGUGCCGGAAAAUAACCUAGCCACCUUCUUAGAGGAAACGUACUCAGAAAAAGCCAUUGAGGCCGAAAUCAUAAGCGCGCAAGAAAGCAACAUCAGCACAUUCGUGGCGCGCAACAAUACAGGCGCCGUGCUCGGCUUCGUCCAGCUCGUCCGCGAGCUCUCGGACCCGUGCUUGGAGGGCGAGACCUCCUCGCACGCGGAGCUUAGGAGGCUCUACGUCGAUGUCUCUACGCAGGGUCUAGGCGUCGGUAGUAAGCUCAUCGCGGCCGUUGAGGAGAGGGCUAGGGUGGAGGGGUUCAAGCAGCUGUGGCUGACUGUUUUUGAGGAAAAUACUAGGACUCAGCGACUUUAUGAGAGGUUGGGUUUUGUGAAGAAGGGCGAGACGGACUUUUCUACUGGUGGGUGCAUACAGACGGAUUGGGUGCUUUCGAAACCCCUGUAAUCCAUUGCGUUUCCCCUGUUAGGUGAGCUUUAUUUGGAGUUCUAGGCUUGGUUUUAGAGGUGUUUAAGGAGCGGGGCGCUGUGCUAGGGGCUGUGUUGGCGUUAGAUAGCGCAUUAGACCUGGGGGUGUAAAAUGGCAUGUUAGGGCCUAUAGAUACAAUUUAGACGGGCUAGAGUCAGGGGAGAUAGCGCUGAGAUUACAGCUUAGAUAAUACUACAGACUGCACUGCAGUGUGCAUUAAUGACAGCUCCAGCAUUGCCACC